AUGAAACAUAUAGGAAUCGUCGAUAUUACAACAGUCGGUGCAUGUUUAUGUGCAAAUGAAAUCGUGGCCCAAGCAGCUAAACUUGAUACAUCAGGAAAACAUCCCGAAUUUACAAUGCAUGCUUUUUCUUAUGAUCAAUAUUCUGACUGCAUUCGUAGAAAAGAUUGGAUCAGCUUGGGAAAUAAAAUAUAUGAAUCGAUUAAAUUACUUGAAAAAGUGGGUGCUGAUUUUAUCAUCAUUCCAUCAAAUACUCCACAUUUCGCAAUAGAUCUCAUCGAAAAACAAUCCCGAUUACCAGUUAUCAAUUUAAUCAAAAUUGUUGCUGAUGAAUGUGAAAGAAAGGGCUUCUCUAGAGUUCUAGUUCUUGGCACUAAAACAACAAUGCAAGAUGGACUAUAUGAUAAUGUUCUCAAUUCGAAGAACAUCACUCCAAUUAUUCCGACCGAUGAUGUAUGUGAGAAAAUUGAACGUUUAAUAAGAAAUGAAAUUAUUCCAUCGAAAAUAAAUUUCACUACAGUACAAGAUAUUCAGCAGGAUAUAAAUAAAUAUGAUUGUGACGCCGUUAUUCUUGGGUGUACCGAGCUACCUAUCGUUUAUAACGAAAAUAAUCUUGGAAAACCUGUUGUCGAUACAACUCGCUUGCUUGCUCAUUAUGCUUUGAAACUUGCAAAUGAAGAUAACCUUUGA